AUGUCCUUCAUACCUACUCGGCGUCGGCGACCGCAAGAGUUUACCCUUCCCAGUGGGAAAAAGGUAAUCGCAUCUCUUCCGGAAGAUAUUGAUGAAUUACGCAAAAAACAUGGAGAUCGUGACGAUGUCCAGGUCGAGAUUGUCAUCCAUGGAUCACAAGAACAUCACAAAUAUCUUAGAGAAACACGGGAUCAUCAUGAAGGCCGCCGUCAUCACUUUCGUCAAAAACAUGGCCCUGCCUUUGAUGAGUGGGAAGAUAUGCAAUGUCAGCUUGAUCUAGUUAACGGCCACCUGCAACGACUCUCCACCAACACAUCCAAUCUAAAUGCUAAUUUCGACAAGUUUGGCUAUGGAGCUGAAUUGAGGACUUACGAUGAUGAUGAGCCUCCGCCCGGUGUUGACUCAUCCAACAUGUCUACGUCUGAUACACUAUCUGUUGCGUCCAGUGGUAGUCAAUCUCGAUUGGGGGAGACGAUCAAGCUCUUCAAAAAGCCAGUUGUGAAGCAGUGGUUUCACAAAGGUCUACUGUGGCGUGCUUCAGAAAAUACCGAAAUCAUGGCUAUCGAGCUCUUCUUCGAUCUUCUAUACGUCGGUAUCAUUCACGUCAAUGGUGAACACGUCUGGGCAGAACCGACCGGUAAGGAGUUGCUUCGCUUUGCAAUUACCUUUAUUAUGUCGUGGAAGAUCUGGUCAGACAUUACCUUGAUCUUGAGUUGGUUCGAGACAGACGACGUCUUUACUCGGCUUGAGAUUCUGUUCGAGAUUGCAUGUCUCUUGGGAUUCUCAACCAACAUGACCUACGCCUUCUACGAGGGAGAACACAACACGUAUACAAUGCUUGUGUCUUUUUAUGUCGCCGCUAGGUUCAGAGGGAUAGUGCACUUCUUAUAUACGGCUUACCUUCUACCAAUGGUCCGCGGAGUCAUGGUCUGCCAGGCCAUCAACAUCAUUGUCCCUGCAACCAUCUGGAUCGCCAGUAUUCAUGUCGAGAUGCCCUCUCGUCUAGGUCUUAUCUGGGUUGCUAUCGCCCUGGACAUGUGUGGCCAAAGUAUCCUAACCGGACUGUUUCAAUGGGGUCGAACGACUUCACAGCCUAAAAGAUUUGCCAGGUAUCUUACUAGUCUUUUCGAAUUCUUUCCAGCCGUCAACAUCGAACAUCGGGUCGAGCGGACCAACGCUUUUGUCUCUUUAGUAUUUGGGUACUCUGUCAUGGGCCCCAUGUUCCAGAGCCAUGGAGGUUAUGCAGUUGAUGUGUUCCUGGGUAAAGCUGUUCUUGGGCUCUGCCAGGCUUUUGUCUUUAACUGGAUUUACUUUGAUGUUGAUGGAAGCAACAUUAACGUACAUGCCAUUAGGCGGGCCGUAUAUACCUCUUCGAUAUGGCACUAUGCGCAUCUUCCUUUCAUCAUGAGUUAUAUCCUUGCGUCUGCUGGAUUGUCCAAACUCGUUCUGGUUGCCGACACUCCUGGAGCGAACCCUGAACACUUGACAGAUCACUAUAUUGAGCGCGCAGAGCCUGAAAUUGCCAAUGGUAUCAGGUACUUCUACUGCCAUGGUCUUGCUAUCGCAUUGUUCUUUAUGGGAGUCAUAUCAGCCUGCCACGACCACCGCCAUCCAGCAACUCGACGUUUGUCCAAAAAGACUCGGUUGGCCAACCGAACGCUUGUGUGCAUUAUCUUGUUCUGUCUUCCCUUGGCUACGAGUCUCAACUCUUUGAAUCUUAUAUCCAUCACGCUGGGUUUGACCAUCUGGGUCCUGCUUCUGGAGCUAUUUGGUAAAUCGUGCCGCAGUGACCCUUUUAUUGGUGAAAAGAAAGGGUGCACGGUGCGGUAUAAGUGCAAGUGCAGUAAGAAGGAUCUUGAAAAUGCGAAUUUGGAUGAGAAGGCCAAGACUGUUUCAGCGGAAGUGCUCGAGCUAGGACCUAAAGAGAAAACUGCGGUGGCUGAUGUACAGGACUGA